UCCAUGCAUAUAUUUUUUUCUUAGUAGGUUUGUAAACCGGUGAAUCUGUGCCGUGUUAUCAUAGCUGACAUGCGUGUUUAUUCAUAAAUUCAAUCGUGGAAUCCAUGUGGUUUUGGUCAUUUAAUUUUUUUAUUUAAUUUUGAUUUUUUGUUUCUUACAGUUUAUUUUUAUAGUUAAAUUUGAAGAUAAUUCAAUCAAAAAUGAUCGAAACUAAAGAAAUUGAGGAUAUUUUGAUACGCUUAUUAGAGCCAAAUAAUGAAGUUAUAAAACAGGUAAGUACAUAUUUGUGAAAUAUAUUUUUGCACAAAUGCACUUUAGUACUCGUAAUCAAUUUUAAAAUUUUUUUUUCAAAAUAUCUGUUAAAAUUCUUAUUCUAGAGGUAUUUUGCUCUUUUUAUUUUGGAAAUCGCAUCAAUAACCCUGUACAUGUAAUAAAUCUAAUAAAAUAUUGGAUUUUUCUGAAUUAGACUAUAGGUAGUUAGAAGAUAAUUAAACACCUACGCAUCUAUAAUUUAAGACAGUCAACAGAUUGAAUAAUAGGAAAAACGGGAAAUUUACAAAAAUAAUGCUUUUAUUAUUUUUAAUUUUGUUAUUUGUUGUAAUUCAGUUAUAAAUAUUCGUAGAGACUAGAAAUUUGGACAGAAAACUUUUAUUUGCCUUUUCUAGACAUGGUAAAACUUAAAUAUCCAUUUUUGAGCUAUUUAUAGACAUUUUAAUUUUGCGUGUUUAGUACAUACCUAUCUAAUUUUUAUUUAAUUUAACAGGGGGUUCAUUGAAAGUCGUACUUAGUUGUCAAAACAAAUUAUUUGAACUUAUUGUAGAAUUUUGUUUUUUUUUUUUUAUUUAUCUGUUUUUAUAUAAAAUUUGAUGAAAAUUGUUUUAGUAAAAAAUUAUAUGAAACAAAUCUAGUUACUGGUCAAAUUAUCUCAGUAUAUAUUUAUUUUACUAAAAUAUUACAUAUACCUAUAUCUACCUAUUGUUGAAAAACAAUACUAUUAAUCAAGCUCUGCUCAGAAUCAUUAGCAUUUUACGUUAGCAAUGAUUUAACUUUACUUACAUAUAUACAUUACAUUUCCCUCUAUAUCCAAACUUUUCAUCUACAACAGUGGGUCCACCCAUUGUGUAAACUAUGUUCAUCUUUUCUUAUAUAACUUCCAAACUAUAAGACAGUAAUACAAUUUGAUCACUUUUAGAGGCAGUCUUAACACACAUUUUGAAAAUAAAAUAAUAAAAUUAACAUUGGUACUAUUGACUAAGCUUUUUUGUAAUUUUCAAUUAAGGCCACGGAUGAAUUAACUGCAGCUUUCAAAAAUCCUGAAACAUUUGUCAAACUUUGUACAUUAAUUGGCACUUGUAAAAAUGAUAAAGUAAAAGAAUAUGCAGCUAUUGUGUUAAGAAAAAAAUUUGUUAAACGUAAUUCAUGGAUGAAUUUAACUCUAGAAGUUCGCCAAUCGUAUGUUGCAUUUUGAAAUUGUUCUUAGUUCAAUGACUAUUUUUAUAUUAAUUUUUAAUGUUUUAGAAUAAAACAAUUUUUGCUUAAAGCAAUAAUAGAAGAGCCUAGUAUUCAAGUUAAAAAACUUAUUCUUCAACUUAUUGCUGUAUUAGCUAAACAUGAAUUUAUGAGAAGUAAUUGGGAUGAAUUGUUUGCCUUUAUUGAAACUUAUAUAAAAAGUAAUAAUGUAAAUGAACGACAGGUAAGCUUAAAAAAAAAAAUAAUAGUUUAUUUAACAAAUGAAUUACAAAAAAUUUAAUUUGUAUUAAAUGUUGUUUUAAUUUACAGUUCGGUAUGUUUGUAAUUAAAAACUUAUCUGAUUAUGUUCCUGAAAUGUUUGAACCUCAUUUAAUAUCAUUUGUCAAUUUUUUUACCACAACAUUAGCUAGUGCUGAAGAUUGCACUUCUCCUGUUGUAUGCGAUACUAUUUCUUCAAUGAAUAAUAUUAUAGAAAUAUCAGUUCAAUUUCCCCAAGUAUGGAAAUUAAUUAUAUUAUGUAAAGAAUAGAACUACUUUUUAACAUCUCUUUUUUUUUUUUUUUUUUUUUAAUGUAUUUUGGUAAUGCUGAGAAUGAAGGUGAAAUUAAAAUUUCAUAAAUAAUCUAAAUUUUGUAGAUUGUCGUUUUUAAAAUUUUCUUUAAAUAGUUUUUUUUUGUAUUUUUUUAAAAAAUACAAAAAAAAAAUUUAAAAAAAGAGGUUACUAAUAAAUUAAUAAUUUAAUGGAGAAAACUGUUCUAUAUUUUAAUUUUAUUUAGGCUAUGCAAGCAUGUUCACAAUCUAUACCUAGAGUAUUGGAAGUUAUUCUUGCUUUGUCAACAACUAAUCCUGAUCAGGCUUGUGAUUGUUAUCAGUUACUUGGAAAUAUGUGUGAGGUUUCUAUUCAAGCUUUAAUACCAUAUUUAAAACCAAUUGUUCAAGUUUCUGCGCAACUUGCUGGUAAUAAAGAUAUAGAUGAAUCUCUAAGAUGCAAUGGUAUUAAUUUAAUUUCAACUAUUAUCCGUAGUAAAAAGAAGGUAAGUUUUGUUUAAGACUAUAACUAAUUUGUGCUUUAAUAAAUAGUUAAAUAUAUUUUUAUAUUGUAUUUUUACAUACAAAUAUUUAUGAAUUAAAAAAAAACAAAACCACUACUAUGUAAACAAGACCCCAAAAUGAGAAGAGAAAUAUAUUUUUAUUACUGAAAAUUAGAACAAAUGUAUGAAUGUAUAAAAUAGUUUUAAUACAGUAAAAUAAUGAAAGAAAUCAGACAUUAUAGCUCAAGUAAAGACAGUUUUCAGUAAUAUUAUUAUUACAUAGUGAAAACAUGAAUAGAAAAUAAUGAAAUCCUGAAAAAAAAGGCUUUUAAAAACUUUGUCUAAAGCAUUGUGCUUUGUAGAUAUGAGAAAUGAGUUAUAAAUUAAAGUAAAAAGAAAAAAAUUAGGAGCUGUGGAAAUGUGGUGUCAGAUUAAAAGCACAGAUUUAUCAAGAGACAAAUCAAAAGAAUAAGCUGAAUGUAAUAAAAAACAAAAGAGGCAGUGCUAGAUAUUGAUAGAUAAAAAUACAUUUUGACAAAAAUGAUUUAAAUACAAUAAGACACCUGGAUGAUUGCAUAACAUUAUUCUUAAAGGUAUUUGAAGGAAAAAUAACAAUAGGACCCCUUCAUAGCACAGUUCAAAAAGAUGUGUAAGCUAUAAAUAAGAUCAAAUAAAAUAGAAUAAAGUUAAUAUAUCUGGAACUGUCAAUCAACCUACUGGUUAGAGAAAUAGAGAAAAGAAAAAAUGAAUAUCUUUAAAAAAAAAAAUUGAGUAAAAUUAUUUAACUGCCAAAGUUAAAUUUCUAUUUUCUAUUUGAUUUAUUAUUAAAUGUUAACAACACAAAUAAAAUAAAGUCCAAAUAUUUUAAAAAUUAUAAUUAUAUAUAUAUAUAUAUAUAUAUAUAAUACUUGAUACUUUUAAUACUUUUAGAAAUUAUGUUUUAAUUUAUUGUACUUUUGACUUUUUACAGGUUUUAGUAAAAUUGAAUCUAUUACAACCUAUAAUUGAAUUAAUGUUUAAUAUUUUGAGUGAAGAAACUGAUAAUGAUACUUGGUUUCUAGACGAAUAUGCAUUAAAUCCAAUGAACGCUGCAGGGGAUUGUAUGGCUGCUAUUGCUGAUGAAAUAUCAGCUUCUACUUUCAUGCCAAUAAUGGUGUGUAUUAGCAAAUAAUAUACAAAUUGAUUUGGAUUGUAUUAUUUAUUUAUUGAUAUCAACAUAUUAAUUAAAUUAGUUCAAUGAUAAUAACAACAAAUUAUAUUUAAUUUUAAAUUUGUUUCACACCCUUCAUAGAAGCUUUAUAAAAUUAUUUCAAUUCAUUUACAAAACUAAUUAACAAUGUCCAGAGAUAUUUGAAAUGUUCACUUUCUUGAAAAUACUGUCAUUUCAAGACUGAUGACUUCAAAUUAAAGUUUUAUAGAUGAAUUAAACUAAUUUUAUUACAUAUUUAAGGAAAUUAAAAAUGCAAAUUAAUAAUUGUAGGUACAAUUAAUUUAAUUAUUUAUGAUUUAUUUAAUUUUUGAAAUAUUUUAUUAAUGAUAUUAAAUUUUAUUUAAAUGCAGUUUUUAUAUACGAUUUAAUAAUCAAAUAUUUGUUAAUAUUGUUUAGAUAAAACUAAUAGAUUCUGCAUACACCUCUCAGGAUCCUAAUGCACUUAAGGCGUCCUAUAUGACUAUGGCUUUUGUAUCUGACGGUUGUUCGGAGUACCUUAAAAAAAGUUAUCUUAAGCAAUUUGUAACAGCCAUUAAAAUGGGAUUAAAUAGUUCAAAUGAAACAGUAAAAUCUGCAGCUAUGUAUGCUUUAGGUGAAGUUUCUCAAUAUGUUCAAGUAAGUAAAUUCAAAAUAAAUGGUUUUAAUGCAAUUACUAAUUAUCGUAAAUUUGAUUAAUUUUAAUUUAAUUUAUUUAGCCUACAGUUAGUAUAUAUGCAUCAGAAAUACUACCUGAAUUGUUGAAAAUGUUUAAAGACAAAUUAUUAUUAGAAUAUACCAAGCCAGAAUGUAGUUCCGAAGUGCGUAUGAUUUUUUAUGCACUUGAUAAAUUCAUUGAUAGUAUGGAAGGAGGAAUUGAAGAAUUUUUAGCAGAAAUGGUUGCUACUGUAUUGGAUAUUAUAAGAAAUGAGCAAUGUUGUAUUGAACUUAAAGACAAAGCAAUUAUGAUUAUGUGUAGCAUUGGUAUAUAUAUUUAAAGACUUAUUUUUGAUUUAAAAAUAUGGUUUCAUUUUUAUAAUUAAGAAAUACUACUAUAAUACUAAAUAAUACUAUAAUAUUUCUAUGUAUAGUUAAAUCGGGUGGUGAUGCUGUAGCACCUUACUUCAUUCCUGUCAUGGAAAUACUUAAUGUUUAUUUGGUACCAGGAAUAGAUGAAACUCUUGAACCUUUACAAGUUAUGGUAAUUCGUAAGUAAUCCUUUAUUCUACAUUUCUUUAAUAAUCUAAAAAAUAUAGUGUUUAAAGUUAAAUAUUAUAUCAAUUUUCUUUGAAAAUAUAUCUAUUGUAUAUAUAUAAAAAAAAAACUAUAUUGUAUAGUAGCUAAUACCUAAUAUAAUAAUUUUUAAGUUUAAAGUUCUUUAAUCCAUAUUUCAACAUCCACCAUACUACACACCCUAGAAAUAUAUUUUACAGUGAUAGGUUCCAAAAUUAUUUUAAUGAUCAUAUCAAUCUAAUUAUUAUAUUUAUAUGAAACAUUUUCUCUACAUAUGUAUAAUGUAUAUUUUUAAAGAGAAUUGUUAUAACAGCUAAUUUUGAACAUGAAUGUGUAUACAUUUUUUAAAAUUUAAAAACCACCAAUCAAAAUCACUUCAAAAUUUAGAAUUGCUAUCAGAAUUUGUGGAUGCUCUUGAUCCAAAGGUAUUUGAACCUUAUUUGGAUGCUAGUUUAAAAUGUGGUUUAACCUUACUCCAAGAAUCAAAAGAAGAUCAACCUGAAGUUCGUGCAGUAUGUUAUGGUCUUUUUAGUACUGUGGCUAAAGUAUCUAUUAGUCAUUUGGCACCAUAUAUGGACAUUGUAAUGAAACAUGUUUUGAAGAGUUUGGAUAAUAGCUUAGUUGCUGAUAAUAGUUUUAAUUUAGAGGUACUUAUAAAUAAAUAAUUUUAUUUUAAUACGAGGUAACUUUUAAAAAAUCAUUUUCAUACUAAAUUGUUUCAAAUUUUAGAAAAAAACUUUCAAUGCUUAUAGUAGUGAUGAUGAUAACGGUGAAGAUAAUGAUGAAUCUUUAAUGACUGAAGAUGAUGGUAGUGAUAAUGAUGAUAAUAGUGAUGAUAAUUGUAAGUAUUGCUAUUAUUUUUACUUUUAUUAAAUCUAUUAAUUAUAUUAUUUAUAAUAGUCGUGUAUAUGGAUGCUCAUGUUAUGGAAGAAAAAGAUAAUGCUUGCCGAACAAUUGCUCAAAUUGCCCAAAUCACUGGGUAAGAUUUUAUGCAGUAAAAUAAAUCAUUAGAAUAUUCAGGGUUGUAUUCGUUAUUUUGGGAAGUAUUAAGUUUCUUUUUAGAAAGAUACAAAUUAAGCAAUUGAAAAGUAAUGCUACAACUACCUACUUUUGGUUUUCAACCUAUAUUCAAAAUUUCAUAAAUUAAGAAUGUUUUAGUUGAAAUACAUUUUGGUGUUUUUAUUUUCAUUUUCUAUUAAUGAGAUAUCAACAUAUACCCCUUUAAAAUUUUAAUCUUUUUGAUAUGAAAAAGGAGUAGUGGAGUACUAUCGCACAAAUGAUUACUACUAUUUUAUAAUUGUUUUAAUAUUAAUAAUUCCAUAUUUUUUGUAUUUAAAUAGGGAACAAUUUGUACCUUACUUAAAUAAUUGUUUUGAUGUAUUAUCAAAACUAUUAGAAGAGGAUGAUGAUGACACAAUUGAUUCUGUACUCGAGGCAUAUGGAAAACUUUGUAUAAAUCUAUCAAACUUUACCAAUAAUACUAGUCAAGAAAGUAAGUUUAAUUUAUAUAUUGUAUGUUUCUUAUAAAUUAAAUCUUGAAAUUUAAAAAUUGUAAGUAGACAUUUUUUUUAAAUAAGACUGGGGUUUUUUUAAAAAAAAAUGCUAUGUGAUGAUUACAAAUUUGUUUCAUAUAUUUUUAAUUGAGGAUAAGAAAGUUUAUUUCACAUUUUUUGACAAAUUUUUUAGAGCAUUCGAUUGUUUUUAGUGGCAUUUUCGGAUCUUUUGGUUUUAAAAUUUAUCUUAACAUGAUACCUACCGUGGUGUGUACGCAAUAUUUGGAACAAAAUUUACAAUGAUGCCAUUUGUCAUUGUAAACACUGUUGAAUAGUUUUCACAUCAUAUGCUGAAUGACACCAAUUGGUGUUGAUUAUUCAUAGACAGGAUGCUAUAGACCAUACGCCAAUUGGUGUUUAACGCAGUGAACGUGUUAAGAUUUGUACUCACUUAUAUAAUAAAUAUAACAAACUAUUAGGUGGGUACUCGUAAUAUAUAAUAGGAUACAAUAGUAAUGUAAACAUCUAAUAACUAGGGUUAAACAAAUUUAAGGCUAAUUCAACAUGAUAUUUUGGAUUCAUUAGAUUUCCUAUUUAAUAAUCUGUUAAGGCAAUAAAAUUGUCUAUAUUGUUCAGUAAAAAUUUUGUUGACAUCAAGUGAAUUUAUAAUUUAUAUGAAAAUUGUCAAAAAUAAAAUUUUUAGAGCAUAAAAGCAUUCUUACGAAACAUUACAUUCCUAGCCUUACUUAUAAAAUAUAAAUUAAUAAGUAUAUACAAAUUAUAUAAUAGACAAAUUACAGAACAAUUUCUAUUUUUGGGGAAAAUCAACAAAAAACAAACGUACAAACAAUUUUAAGACAUUACAAAAUAUAACAUUUUAUAAAAAAAAGCUGGGAGUAAUGCCCAUAAAAAAUGAUUUUAUAGUCUUAAACAUUUUAUUUUGAUUAUUUGAAUAUUAAUUAUUGGGUUGGGCAGUACUAGACUGUUAAAAAAAUUAAGAGUGGAGUUUAAUUUUUCGACUCGAGUUUUUUUUGAACUCGUAAACAUAAGUACUCAUCUUAAAUCGAAUACUCGUCUUGAAUCGAUUACCCGUCUUUACUAAACUGUUUAAAAAAAUAUUAAAAAUAAUUGUAAAAACUAUAAAUAUCUCGAAAACCUAAAUAUUUCCUAUAACUGAUAAAAAAAAACCUAAGGAAUAACUAGAAGGUUCAUUGUUUGAAUUUAUAAUAAUAGAUAUAACUCAAAUAAUAGAACCCUAAAAUUUCCCAGAAAAUAUUUUUGAUUCUUGAAAUUUCCAGUACUCGAUUAUUUUAGAAUACUAAUCCAACACUAAUAAAUUAUAAUAUUAUAAACCAUGCUAACACAGAAGAGUUGUUUUUUAGCUUUAUACAGACACCCGAAAUGAAAACUGGUUGAUAUUUUGUACAUGCAUAGUGUUAGUGUUAACCUAAAUUUCUCUUUUUUGAUUACUAGCCUUAGAAAAAGCUUUGGACAAAUUUUUCAAUUAUGGAGAAAAAAAAGUUACUAAUGAUGGCUUGAACAAUCUUGAUCCAAUAUUCCUAGAAGUGUUGGCUGAUUUGUUGAAAGAAAUCAAAAGUAAAAUGAUUAAAUAUGCUGAGCCAAUUAUGAUUCUUGCUAAAAGUAUUUUAGCAUUAAAAGUAAAGAAAAAAUAAAAUAUUUUAUACUGUUACUUUUGUAACUUAAAACUAAAUAAUUUAUAAUUAUGAUUAAUAGUCGUAUUAAAGUUGAUCAUUUGUGCUUUAAUAUUUUAGUUAGGUGAUGAAAAUAACCCUGGUGAGUUAGAUGAGUUAGAUAGUGAAAACAAUGAAUUGCCUAUAGAAUAUGCAGGAAAUGUUGUUUCAAAUCUAAGUUAUGUUGUUCCACCACAAGCUUUUACUGAAUAUUUCGUUUCAUUGAUGCCAUUAUUGAAAAAAUUAAUGGUAAAUAAGUUAUAUUUUAUAAUAUGAUUAAGAAUAAAAAUAUUAUUAUUUUUUAUUACAGUCAAACAGUUCUUCGGAUAUUUUGCGAUCUACAGGGCUAGCAAUCAUUGGAGAAUCUGCCAAGGGCCUAGGAACAAAUGCUAGUGGGUUAUCUGAAUUUAUGUUUUCACUUAUAAUACCUCUUGUUGAAGAUGAAGAUGACUGUGUGAGAAACAAUGCUGUGUUUGCAUUAGGAGAAAUUGCUUUUUAUGGAAAAGAAUCUAUGUACAAGUUAGUAUUUAAAUUUAAUGGUAUUUUAAAUAUAUUAAUUAUGCAAAUAUAAAUAUAAUUCAUAUUUUAUUAUUAUUUAUUAUUUUAGAUAUUAUCCUACAAUAUUAAGUACAUUUUCUCAAGUGGUUACAAAAGAACAACGUUCAAAAGUCCUCGAUAAUAUCUAUGGAGCCUUAGCGCGUAUGAUAAUAACUAAUAUCGAAGGAGUACCUCUCGAUCAUGUAAAUAUUUAGUUGUAUGUGUUCAUAAUUAGAGCACUUAUUCUGAAAUAUUUUUUAACCCAAAAUACAUAUGCAUAUAAUAUAAUAAGUUAAGUUAAACUCACAUGAACUAUGAUCAAAAAAAAAAAUGUAAGAAAGUUGAUUUAAAGUAAACUUCGGUAGUAAUUUAAAUAUAUUUUCAAAAGUUUUUUCUGAUUGCUAGGAUACUUUUAGAUUUAAAAAAUCUCUUUUGGAUUUUACCUGUCCCCAAUAAUGGGUAAUGGACAGUUAGUGGAAGUCUUACCAAUAAACCUAUCAUUAAAAUAUAAUACAAAUUUUACAAAAUUAAUGUAAAUUAGGAAAAUCAUCACCGUUUCCUUUAAAAAAAAAAUAUAUAUAUAUAUAUAUAUCUGCUUUUGGUUAGCAAUUUUUUUGUUGUCGCCUUUUUUUAUAAUUUAAAAAAUAAUCACUAGCAGUCCAGAAAUAGAUACAGACAAACAGAUCACUCUCAAGUAAUCAGUGUUCAUAGAAAUCAUAAUAUAUCAUAUGAACAGUAACAUCAACAAAAUUGUUGUCCAUUCGGUUUUCAAAAGUGGCCAAUUUUCUAGCCUAGCCACAAAAUUAAUCAUUAUAUAUAGUAUAUUAUAUACUUUGAUUGUAUAUGAUUACUAAUUUGAGAUUACUGUAUUGCUAAACACGACACCUUUCCUGAAAGGAUUAAACCACUUAAAUCCCAUUUAAGUGUUUAAUUGUGCAAAUGUUAAUAAAGGAUUAUUAAAAGAAAUUUGUUUUGGUUUUUAGGUGAUACCUGUUAUGAUCAACUACCUUCCAUUACAUGAAGACUUUGUAGAAAAUUUAACUAUAUUCCGGUGCUUGGUGUAUUUAUAUGAAAUUGGAAAUCAGUAUAUGAUUACACUCUCAGAACCUGUGAUUAAAGCAUCGUUAAUGACAUUAAAUGAUAAAAAGAAAUAUUGUGAAAAUGGUAAUAAUAUAUAAAACUGUAGUUGUGUGUUUGAUAUUUAUAAGUCACCAAAAUUGGAUUUAGUUCAAUUAUCCAUUAAACGGUUCAUACAACAUCCCAUAAAGUAUAUUUUGGUAUUAACAAACACUAUAGGAUCUUGUAAAAACAGCUCUUAGUCUUUGAUUUUAAAUUUAUAAUUGUGUGUUUAUAGUGCAUAAAUUAUAUUUAGUUUUCCAAAAAAAUUAUUUUCUUUUUGUUUACUUAUGGGUUAUAGUAUUGUGAAUUAAAUUUACAAAUAUUUUCAAUGAGCUUUAUGUUUUGAAAUUUAGAUAAUUGAUUUAUUUUAUAAACCUAAAAUUUCUAUUAUAUUUAUAUAAUUUAUAUGUAUUAUUUUUAGAAGUGAAAGAAGAGAUCAUUAAACUUUUGCGCAUGUAUAAGAGAGAUUUUCCAGAUAAAUGUUUGUCAUUGUCACUUCCAGAAGAUUUAUGCAAGUUAUUUGGUGAAAUAUAAUUUUAUUUAAAAUUAAAAUUGUAUGUUUUUAAUAUAAAGUUAAUUAUGACCAGUUGUAUUAUUUAUUAUAUGCUUUUUUUACUAUUAUUUUGCUUUUAAAAGCUAAUUUACUGUUUUACUUUAACAUCUAUUUAUUCCAAGAUUAUAAAUAAUUAAUUUUUUUAUGACUAUUGCCUACUGGUAUAUUGCAAUGCUUAAAAUAUUUGGGUAAUAUGUCUGGUAAAAUAUUUUGUUGAAUUAAAAAUUAUUGAAUAACUUAUGUAAUUGCCUUACAUUUCAAAAAAAGUUAUAACUUUCCAAGAUAAUGAGUGUUUCCAGUUUAAUGAAUUAUCCUGAAUUAUAGGGACUCAUAUAUUAUGUAUGUAUUAUUAUAGUUAUUUGUUCGAUAAAACAUUCGGAGUGGUGCUACAACGCUAAAGCAUUUUUCUGACACUGAUGUGCUAUAAAUUAUAAAAUACUACAUACAGGUAAACUUUUGGUGUGUAAUUCACGCGUAUUUAGAAGAAAAAGAUCAUUGUACAUAAGUAAUUUAUAUGUAUAUUUUUUAUAUAUUAAAAACUAUAUAUUUUUAUAUAUUAAAAAUUGACUUCGUUCUAUAAACUGGUACUCAUCUGGAAAUAAUUACUAUAUUAUUUUACAAUAUCACGACCAUAAUAUAAUGAAUAUCAUUGUGUACAACUGGAGGGUAAUUGAAUUUUAUAAUAAUAGAUACUACAUUCGGAUAAUCAUUUAACAGCAUGGAUCCAACCAAUACCGAUGCAUAGGCUGUGAAAAUACUUCUUUGGCACACUGACAUUUAAAAUUCUAUCUAUUAAUAUUUAUUAUCAAUAAAGUAAGCCAACUGUAAAUAUGUUAUUUAUUUUAUGAAUUUACAAUAUUUAAUAUUAUAUUGAAUUGGUAUAUGUUAUAAUUUUCUGAAUUAAUGAUCUUAAAUUAAUCUUUUAGCCAAUCCAACUUGUAUCCAUUUAAAAGUGUAAUGAUAAAGUGAUUUUUCUAGAUCAUGUUGUUUAUUUGGAAGAAUAGAAGAUUUUUUUGUGACUGAUUAAGCUUUAGAAUCUGUGUUCCUCGAC